GGUUCUUGUUGCCCAUUAGUCAAAUCCCGUGGAAUCGAUCUCGCGAGAUGUAGAUUAACUCGUUCUGCUUUAGUUUAAACCAAACACAAUCUGGCGGUUAAUUUAUUCAUACACACUUUGAAAUUGAAUACCAUAGUUAAACUUCUAAAACACGUGGUCAUAUUUAGCUUUUUUAUUUAGAAACGUUAAAAGCGGAUGUUGGUGUCAGCCAGCGAGAGGAGAAUGGCUGACUGAACUAACUUAACGCUGAUUGUUUUAACGCGCUUUGCAGUCCAUCCUGUGCGGAUUCUGUGAAGAGAGCUGACAUGGACAGCAGCAAAAAGAAAUUGCUGAUUAAGUGGCUACAAACUGCAACCACCUCGCCUACAAAUCUUCAUGAGAGAGAUCCUGGUUUAGGCACACCUUCUCAAUGGAAAACCCCACCGGUUGAAGUUGCAGAUGCCUUGCUCCUUGGUGACUCUCCAGAACCUGUAGGUCUCGGAGCGAUGAGUCUGGGCCGAGUCUGGACCCCCGAGAGAAAAGCGGCGGUGGUCUGUGAAAGUGCGCCAUCUUUGGGUAAAGUCAAGCUGAGGAAGCUUUCCGCGAAAAACUAUGAAAAUGUCAUGAAUUCAGAGGAGAAACCUACUGACAUCUCACCCAGGCAGCUGGAAUCCCCAGAGAGAGCACCUUCACCUCCAACUCACUCUUUCAUCAUAAAAAAGAAAGCGAGAACACCCGAGGAGGCCUCAAAGACCAUCUACAGGAAGGCAGUGGUCGCAGCCAUUGACAGCGCGAACGGCAGCACUACUAGUUUUCCCAGGGCUUUGCCAUUUGUGUCUUCGCCAUUGAAGACGGAAACACCCAAUCCAACGUUUGAAAGAGCAGACAAGUGUCCCUUGAUCCCAGCGGAGUACAGAUCCGAGCACAGCGACACUGUCCAGGAGGAACAGUGGUGCCCCCUCCAGGUGUUGGAGGACACGGAAGUCCAAAUUGACAGCUUUGAGUUUAAAACAGACUCAAGAAGUGUUAUGCUGGAUUCACCCAAGACGUCCACUGCCCCAAACUCUGUGCUUGUAGAAACAACCUCUCAAGUCCAGUCCUUUGCUGCAGAAAAUAAACCAGAAGCCGAGUGCUGUGACCCCAUGGAGUAUACACCUAAUUCUUCAUCUACUCUCAAGAUUCACCAGAAUGAACCUUUUGACAGCCAAGAAUGGGGAAGUCCACCAGUGUAUACUUCUUUCACCUUUUCUUCCCCAAAUGAGACUCCUGGGGUCGUCCAGGACGCGCCUUAUCCAUUGUCACACGGGGGCGUUUGUGUCUCCGUAAAGCAGCCCCACCAAACAAAAGUUGCCCCGCCACACACAUCCAAAGUUGAGACUGACAAUUUCAACCUGAUUGCCUACAGGGACCCCUUUGCACUGCCACUAAUUUCCAAAAGAGUAUUGAACCAUCGCGUGAAGUCAGCAACCACACGCAGGCAGUCAGAUAGUGCUUCCAUGCGUUACCCCACCGGCUCCCUUACUCACGGCGGCACUCUUAAAAGAAGAUUAUCACUUGGCGCACAACCUAUGUGGAGCAGUUACCCCUUCCCGGACAGUCAAGUGGGUUUUGUAGAUACACACUGCCACAUAGACAUGCUGUAUGCAAAGCUUGGCUUCAGUGGGACGUUCAACAGCUUUCGGAAUCACUACAAAAGCAGCUUUCCACCAGAGUUUAGAGGCUGCAUUGCAAAUUUUUGCAACCCUAGACUCAUGGUGAAAGAGGCACUGUGGGAAGGUUUGCUGGCUGAGGACAUGGUGUGGGGGGCAUUUGGGUGCCACCCCCACUUUGCAAAAGACUACUCAAGUGUCCAGGAACGGGACAUACUAAAGGCCAUGCAGCAUCCAAAAGCUGUGGCGUUCGGGGAGAUCGGCUUGGACUACUCCCACAAGAACUCCACCAACGAGUUCAAGCAAAAACAGGUGUUUGAGCGCCAGCUGCGUCUCGCGGUGUCCAUGCAGAAGCCCCUGGUCAUCCACUGCAGGGAUGCUGACAAUGACCUGCUGGAAAUUAUGAAGAAGUGUGUGCCGAGGGACUACAGAAUUCACAGACACUGUUUCACAAACAGCUAUCCAGUGAUUGAGCCCUUCCUCAGAGAGUUCCCAAACCUGUAUGUGGGCUUCACCGCCCUGAUAACCUACUUCAAGGCCACUGAGGCCCGAGACGCUGUCCGCCAGAUCCCUCUGGACCGCAUCGUGUUGGAGACGGACGCACCGUAUUUCCUGCCAAGACAGGUGAGGAAAGAUGUCUGCCGAUUUUCCCACCCUGGCAUGGGGAUCCACACGCUGCAUGAGUUGAGCCUGCUGAAGGGAGAGGACGUGGCGACGGUCCUCACCACUGUCCGAGACAACACCCGCCAACUCUACGGAGUUUGAUCUUAGUCUUGGAGGGCUGGUUAGUCAUACAAACAGACUAUGUCCCUUUUUGUUAUGGAGUUCUCAAUCCGCCACUUGGAGAGCAGCGGAAUUUUAAAUAAACGAAAAGACUUUCGUAUAGGAGGCAAUUAUGUCUCUUGUCUGAAAUACUGUAUGUUAUUGUUCCUCCAAUAUUUGAUCUCAUUGCUUUUGUGACAUCUGCUGUUUGGAUGUUUGUCUCGUUCAGCUGGCGUUACGUUUGUUGUACAGUGGGCACACAUUAAAAACCUAUUAUCCCAGUUUUCCUUUAUUUCUGCAUUUAGGUUUUAUUGAAUCAUCUUUGAAUGCAUUGGUGGUGACUAUGGAGCACCUGCAGAUGGAGACUUAGCAGAAUAUGGUUUCAUACAGAAACACAUUGAUUCUCGUGAGGACGGCCCGUUCCCUUGUUUUGAUAAAAUAUUUCACACACA